AGGGUACCUUUUUGCGAUUCAUUAGAGAAGUUCACCUGCGCACCUAUCAUAGUCUGCAAUUGUUACAACAAAGGCUACUUAUCAAAGAUCUUGUUCACGACAUUCUUUUAACUCUAACAAACCUCUUCGACAUGUCUAUCAUUUGAACAUGAUCAUCGAUCCUGCUUCUUUAUAGCUAUUCAUUCAUUCUACCAUCAGCCAUCCCGCGCCCGAAUCUACCCUGGGUAGUUUAGGGAAUUGCAUUUUGCGCAUUCACCUAACUAAAUUACGAUACGGGCACUACUAUUCAAUACCUCGAUAAUAUACCGCCUACAUUUCACCAUGCCUUCGGCCAAGUAUCCGGACCACGAAGUACCACAAGUAGACGACUUCGCAGCGCUACUAAAAGAGGUUCUGGAUCAUGCGCAGGCUAUUAAACCCGCCGCUUCAAUCGAACCCCCUCUGACCGAGGCUGAUUUUAGCGAAUUCCUCGCACGGGUACCGACCAUAUUCUUUGACAAGACCCGUCAAUGGGCUAUCGUGGAAACUGCUGCGCGCAAUGUGUUUAGUAGCUUAGUCGCCGAGACUCCGAUCGAUUCACCCGAGUUCGUACAGAUCUGGAACCUCUUCGAUUUCCUGACAGUUUUAUCGGAUAGCGCACAAUGCGACCCUGCCCUCCUUUUCUGGCUCGUGGAAGAGUUGCUUGACAGCCAAACUACCGAAGGAUGCCGCAAGAUAUUCGACUUUCUCGAAUCGCGAAGGGAGCAAAUAAUAGCUCAGAACUUGAACUCGAAAAAGCUAGUCAUUCUUAGAUCUUGCAAUGAUCUCCUUCGUCGGUUGUCGCGUGCUGAAGACACCGCUUUCUGCGGUCGUGUCUUCAUCUUCAUGUUCCAAUGCUUUCCUCUGGGGGAUAGGAGCUCUGUAAACUUGCGAGGAGAGUACCACGCCGAAAAUGUAACGGCCUUUGAAGAGACACAAGUCCAAUCGGAAGACUCGCCAGAUAAAAUGGUCGUAGACACCGAGGCCGACCCCACAAAGGAUGGAAAAGAUGAAAGCAAGUCUAGUGUUAAGGCCGUUUCGUUCGACGCCAAGAACAAGCAGGCAUCCGAGAAUCCUAUCGAUGCUGAUGCAUUGUACCCUGUAUUCUGGUCGCUCCAGCAUUACUUCAGUCAACCUACGACACUAUUUGACUCAGCUCAAUUAGUCAAGUUCAAGACGGGCCUGGAGGCCACCAUGACCGCUUUUGAGACAGUUGACAAGCAGCAAAGGAGUAAUAAGAGCUCUGAUGACAACAAAGUCACUCCUCAAAAAAGAAAACACCCUGAAGGAGACGAGGACCUUCGCAGUAGCACCAACAACCCCAAAUACCUUACAAGCAGAGAGCUUUUCGAGCUAGAGAUCGGCGAUCUCUACUUCAGACGUCAUAUCCUGAUACAAGCGUUCAUCGUGCUGGACUUCCUCUUAUCACUAACGCCACAAGCCAGAGCGAAACUUGCUAAUAUCAAAGUGCAAAACCGAUCAGUAAUUUACGGCGACCAAACGCUUGGGGACGAAGAUGCCAAAUGGGCGAAGGCUAUGAAAGAAAGGAUCACUACGUACAUACAGUCCGAGACUGAUGGAUACUUCUUUUUUCGCGUGGUUGAGAGCGUUAUUUCGAGGGAUAAAGGUUGGGUCCGUUGGAAGGUCGAAAGUUGCCCCCCUAUUAAAAAGGACCCUGUUUCUCCCGCCGAAUUCAACGAAGCGAAAUCCAACGUCAGACGCCUUGCAACCAACAAGAGACUGCGACCUGUACCGAUGGGCUCCCUGUCACUCGAAUUUCUGAAGGAGGAAGACCGUGAAACCGCCAUGGAAAAAUUGAAGGAUCCCGCAAAGUGGAAACUUCCUGAUCUAAAUGUCUUCCAGGAGAAAAUUGCUACCGACGAUCUUGAUCUUGACUUCGCAAAGAACGACAAAGAAAAAUCCGAGAUACUUGAAGCCAAAGCUAGUAAGACCUGGAGGGCCCUGAGGAUCGCCCAGAGAUCAAAGCUGGCCCUUUUUGACAAGAUCGAUGACUGGCAAAAGGUCGAUGUCAUCUUCCAAGAGCAACCAGAUCCAGAGGAGCUACAAGGAGAAGUGUCUGAAACCGGCCAGGCGCCAACAGAUAGACGGCCAAUCUUAUUGACAGGGCCUGGAAAAGUUGGCAAGUCUACGAUAGUCUCGAUGCUCCUGGAGAGGCACAAGGACGUCUUUGGAAAUGUCAUUCAACAUACUACCCGGAGCCCUAAGGAUGGGGAAGUUGAUGGCCAAGAUUACCAUUUCGUGGACUCCAAAACGUAUAAUACUAUACUGGAUGGGGAUUACUUCCUCGAGUUCAGCAAUCGGGAUGGAUGCGAGUACGGGACAAAUCGCAAGGCAGCUGAAGCCCUGGAGGAAUCCGGGAAAGUUCCUAUUAUACAAUUAGACCGUGAAGGCAUUCAAAUGGCCAAAGAUAAUGGCUACUCUGCUCGAGUUAUCUUCGUUUCGCCACCAAGCUUGGAAGAAUUGGAAGCUCGACAGAGGAAAGCCGGUUUAACGGAUGAUGAGGUUGCUCGUGCGCUCGAGGUUGCCCAAGAAGAUAUCGAGCACUCCAAAUCCAAUGACAUAUACGAUGUCGUCAUCACGAAUGAUGAUUUAGAGGAAGCGUACAAGGCUCUCGAGGCGUUUAUAUAUAAGCCCUCGGAGGAGACUAAUGGGGUCAAUACCAACGGCGCUGCCGCAGAUGAUGAUAUGAAAAUGGAAGACGUGGAAAACGUGGAAAACGGCGAUGAACCCUCGACGUAAGGUAUUGAUAGGUUUAGUUGGUUACCACGACGCACGCAUGAAGAUGCGACAAAUUACACGCGUCUACGAGUGGGUCGUACGCGAAGGCACGUCAGUCAGAUAGAAGUUUAUUCUGAAGACCUUCAAACUUAGGACAACUACAAGGACUGCGCGGAAUGGCGCCGCGAUAAGUCACGUCAUCCUACGGUUCGGAUAGGCAAAUUUAGUAUGGCAAUAGAGAUACCCAUAUAAUACAUUCCAUACUCAAUUUGAGCCUACCUACCUACCUAGCCAUACCAAUGCUAGGAGGAUUCCAGGUCAGUUGCAUGCUUAGGAAGUGGUUCCGACUUGAUGGAAUAAGGGCUUGGUGUGCAUUCCUCGGUAUGAGUGCCUAGGUAGGUACCUGGGUUGGUCUGGUGCUAAUACAGGCGGGUAACCUAGGUAGUAUUUGGAUACGAGGAAGGUUGAACGUGAUAUCAGUACAUUUUAUUCCCGAGUUUUUUGAAGCGUUCCAUUAAGUAAGAUGUUCCAAAUCACCUGUUAAGUAGAUACCUAUUUAGAUGGAAGGUGAAGAUGGAAUGCGUCGGUAGGCAUGUAGCUUGACAACAUCGGCAAGGAUUGAAUUUCUGAAGUUCGACCAAUUUAUCUUUUCCCGUCUAAGAGCUAACCUAUGUACCUAGUAGAGUUAGAUGUGUCAGCUAAGGGUACUCACGUGACUCCCCCUUUUUA